GUUGGCACAGCGCUGGGGGGUCCUUUCUCUCAGAUCGUCAGCUAGGUUCUGCAAAAGGACUUAGAUGGCAUGCUUAUUGGGUUUUAUCCAAUUUGAAUUGAAUGGAUCUUAAAUGAUCACUGGAUGGUUUAAAGAGCCAUCCCAGCCUUCGGGCAAGAAGGGUUACUGCGCAAUGUCCUGUCUGAAAGACAUGGUAAAUGGCCUUAGUGCUUGGCCAAAAAGGCUCUUUUCGGCUACCAAAAUGCCAACCGAAAAGGAGCUCAAGUCCAUGCUCUACUCACGGGAGGACCCAGCAUACCUGCUGGUCCUCCUGUUGGCAGCGCAUGGCAUCGAGCCGAACCACCGGUUGAUGGCGGACGCCAGCCUCAACUCUCCCCAUUUCAAAAUGUGGUUCUCUGGAGACGAGGUCAGACAGAAAAUGCAACCUUUUCUAGAGGAUGCAGAGAAGCUCAAGGCCUGUACGCCAUUUUCUUCUCAGAGUACAGCAGAAGACAUCAAGCAGCGCAAGGAUAAGCAGGGCUUGCCUACCGCUCUCGCUACUACUGCUACUGUCGCCCCAUCCUCGUCCGUAAGUCAGCAGGAGCAUCCCGGUACACAUAUGUGCCCCAGAUGCUGCACUCAAGUCAAUCGUGUUACCCAGGAAAAUCAGGCUGCUAUAGUUACCGAGUACACUUCGUCUUUUCAGGUUGCAAACGCUGGUGGCUAUAAUUCGCCUUCUUGUAACCCAAAGAAAGCAGCAGAGUGGGGUUUCCUGUCUGCAGACGGCAGUAUGUGGACAGCUCUUCCACGUGGUACCAAAGAAAAGGAAGAGGAGGAAGAGGAAGAGAACGUAUCUAUGGGUGGUGGUGUGUGGAUGAAUCCUCGUGCUAUCAACCCAAGAGACUAUGAAGAAGAUGAUGAUGAUGAAGAUGAUGAUGACGACGACGACAUUCGAUCUCUAGGUGGCGGCGUGUGGAUACAGCAUCGACGCGAUAUCCCAGCAUGGAGAAUUGCCGCGAUGAUACGGUACUAUCAACUUCUCUUCGCUGAUUAGACAGCUUUCUACAUGGUAGUCUAGCUAUGAGCUAGUCAUAUGACCUCUUAAUGCUUGCGAGAUAACAGACAGCAAUGAUGACAAAGAUGAUCCCUUGAUUUUGUUGAUGAUGUCCACUGUAGUCAAAAUGAAAUACGAGAUCAAGCG